AAAAUUAAAUUAUGCAUCACCGAGAUGAUAAUGAUCCAUAUAGUACGGCCAUCGUGGAAGAUCUGCUGUAGGUAGAAUGCAUUAUAGUAAACCAUAGUCCUAAUCUGAAUGGAAAAACAUCAAUGAUAUUAUCAGAUUGACAUUUAAGGCUUUAACGGAUGUGGUAAAAUCUCAAGGAGAAAGUAUACGAGAAAUCGAGAAGCAACUUUCCACAAGAGCAUCCAAAAACGAACUUCAUUCGGGAUUAGCACUUAAAGCCAAUAUUAAUGACAUCUCAAGAACCAUAGCCGAGAUAGCUGCCAAUCUUGAUACCAAAAUUACAUACGAAGAUUCUCAGGUUUUAUUGAAGGAUUACGUGUUAAAAGCAGACAUGUAAUAUUUGUUGAGCAAGUAUAGUGUUUGUAUGAUGAUUUUCUUAGCAAAAUUGAUGUUGACGAGAUGAAGCAAUUGUUAGAAAAAUAAUAAUCAGGAGAAUUCAAAGGAGAAAUGUAAAAUAUGAAACACAAAAUUGAAGAACUACAAACUCAGAUCUCCAAGAAAUUCUAACAAGUUCCAAGCAUGAAAGAUUUUUCACAAUUGUCUUAACAAGUGGAACUUAAAGCAAAUCUACAAGAAAUGAAUGAAUUGCUCGAAACCAAGGCCAGUAAACAUUAAGUGCAAUAAGCAGUAAAUAAAAAAAUCAGCAAAUAAGAAUUAGAUCAGAUUUUGUAGAAUUACUCUUCUCUAGAAGAUCUAUAACCAAUCAUCUAAAAUCUAGAUCAGAAGGCUUCCUUAGAUUAAAUUGACAAGAUUGCCUCCAUUCUAGAAGUCAAAGUUGAUCGAUAAGAUUUCUCAAUCCUGAUCAAUUCAUUGCAAAACAAGGCCGAAACACAUCAAUUAGAAGUGAUUAAAGAACAAUAAUAAGAAUUAAAAAAUGUUGUGGAAUCUAGAUUGCAAGACAACAAUUCUAUAAUGAUUGAAAUGAAACAAUAAGUAGAUGGAGUUACUAAACAAUUAAACAAGAAAGCUGAUAAUAAGGAAUUCGAUAAAUAUAUGCAAUCCAUAAACUCACUUUAGGGAGAAUUGGAUGGCUACUCUUAAAGAUUUAAUAAGUUUUCCCAAGAGAUUAUUUCAGACCUUGAUCGAUUGAGGAAUGAGAUCUUAGAAUCUAAAUAGUUCACGAGCGAGUAGAUGUAAACUACUAUAAUGAAAUCCACUCAUUUAUCUGAGAAAUUGACAGAGGAAUUGUACAAUUUGUCUGAGAAUAUUAAACAAAUGGAUGAUGACAAGAGAGAAGAAUUAGAUGAUCUCAAAAAAAUAGUUAAUACUAUGAGGAUACAAAAAAAGGAUAUUUAAUAAAAAGUAGAUUAAAUGUAAGAGUAUCUAGACGAAUUUAAAUCCGAUCAAGUGUUUAAACAACUAUAAAGAUAAGUUCAAUAGAUGAAUAAAGUAUUUUAUUAUAAUAAAGUAAGGAAAUAAGCGAAGUUAAAGCAAAGUAAUUAUCAUAUGAAGACGAAUAACAUAUCCAAGUCUAAAUUGAAUAAUAACUAUAGAGGAGAGUCAACGAAAUAAAGAAAACAGGUUCCAAUUAGGAUGGGGUUAAGAAUAUCAAAUAAGAAGUCUCAUAAAUAGUCACCAAAAAGAUAUCUUCUUUUGAAUAACAAUUAAAUCAAUUAGAGAUUAAUUUGAAAUAGAGAGUCCUUUACUAAGACUUUGAAGAAUUAAAAAAUAUUAUCUAAAAACUAUGCAUUGAUCAAGAUGAAAGAGCCUAUCAGAAGGAUUUAACAAAACAUAUUUAAUUGACCAAAUAUACGUUGGAUUUAAUAUAAAAGGACAUGAUGCUCAAAGCUGGAAUACAAGACAUGAUUACCAUUCUAGACACUAAAGCAAGUAUUAUAUUAGUAAAACUUAGAUAUUCCUGAAAUCAAUCAAGCCUUUGAAGCUAUUCACAAUGAUUUACAAACCAAAGUAUCAGCAGAUGAUUUAUCGAAUUAUCUCAAAAGCUAAAAUUAAAUCUAUGAAUCACUUUGCUAAGAAAACAUUGUGGCUAGAUUUUAGUGGAGAUCAGGUGAAACACAAAAUCAUUUAAUCCCUUGGGAGUACGAAGUUAUCAACACUUUACCAGAGAAUUUCGUAUGGGAAAAAGGAAAAAGCUCUAUUUUAAUUGUCGCCCCUGGAGUCUAUCACAUAGCUUAUGCAUUUUUCUCUAAAGAAAAACAAAAUGUCUCAGUUCUUAUCAAUGGAGAGAACAUUGCCACCUUAGAUCAAAAGAAGAAAUCUUCAGAAUACACUGGUAUCUCCUUUGUAGUGAUUAUUAGGUUUAAAUGCUUAAGACUUUAUAGUUUUACCAAAUAGAGCUCGACUCCAAGUUAGUUAUAGUGGAGGAAAAGGAGAAGGGUUCCUUAGUUUAAAGAGACUGUGA